UCUCGAAUCGAAAAUAUCGUGAUCUUAGUAGGGUUUCUUCCCUCUCCAAAACUCUAUCAAAUAAAUAUCCUAUCAUUUCUUUGUUUUUUUUAUUGUUUUACCCAAAUUUUUUCUUUUUAAGUUUGCAUAUGUAUGUAUAUAUAUCUCAACCCAUUCCAAACCAGCAAAGAACAUACAAAAACAGAACAAUGGUUUCCCAAGGCAGCAAUAGUGCGUCCUCGUAUCCUAUCAAAACCAUAGUGAUAUUGGUCCAAGAAAACCGCUCAUUCGAUCACAUGCUAGGCUGGUUCAAGUCCCUAAACCCUGAAAUCGAUGGCGUUACCGGAUCCGAAUCCAACCCCAUUUCCACAUCCGACCCGAACUCACCCAUGGUCUUCUUCAAAGACAAUUCCGAGUACGUAGACCCUGACCCUGCUCACUCCAUCCAAGCCAUUUACGAGCAAGUAUUCGGCCACCCUUGGAGCUCUGACCUCCCUAACCCACCCCAUGAACCCACAAUGAAUGGGUUCGCUCAAAACGCUGAGAGGACCGAAAAGGGAAUGGCAGAGGCAGUGAUGAAAGGGUUUAAACCUGAUGCGGUGCCUGUUUACAAAGAGCUGGCGUCCAAGUUCGGAAUAUGUGACCGGUGGUUCGCGUCGGUGCCGGCUUCAACGCAACCGAACCGGAUGUUUGUGCAUUCAGCUACAUCGUAUGGACAGACGAGCAAUGACGCAAUAAAGCUGAUCAAAGGGUUUCCUCAAAAGACAAUAUUCGAGUCAUUGGAUGAAAGUGGUUUUAGUUUUGGGAUAUAUUAUCAAUACCCUCCCUCCACCUUGUUCUUCAGGAACCUUAGACAAAUGAAGUACUUAAAAAACUUUCAUCAAUUUGAUUUGCACUUCAAGAAACAUUGUGAAGAAGGGAAGCUUCCAAACUACGUGGUCGUCGAACAACGAUACUUUGACCUCUUGUCGGUGCCUGCGAACGACGAUCAUCCGUCCCACGAUGUCUCAGAAGGACAAAAAUUUGUUAAGGAAGUAUACGAGGCACUACGAAGUAGCCCCCAGUGGAAAGAAAUGUUGUUGGUAAUCACAUAUGAUGAACAUGGUGGAUUUUAUGACCAUGUUCCAACACCUACAACUGGGGUUCCUAGCCCUGAUGAUAUUGUCGGUCCUGAACCUUAUCAUUUCAAGUUUGAUAGGCUUGGUGUUAGGGUUCCUACAUUUUUUGUUUCUCCAUGGAUUGAACCUGGAACUGGUAAGUCUAGUGAGUCUCCAUUACUGUUGUCGUUUAACUUGGGUUAUUUAGAUCAUGUGUGUAUGGUAAUGGAAUUUGCAGUGAUACAUAGGCCUUUAGGCCCAUAUCCUACUUCAGAAUUUGAGCAUUCAUCAAUUCCUGCAACUGUCAAAAAGAUUUUCAACCUGAAAGAGUUCCUAACGAAGCGUGAUGCUUGGGCUGCUACUUUUGAAGGUGUUAUAAACAGGAAGAACCCAAGAGUAGAUUGUCCUGUUACAUUACCCGAACCGGUGAAGAUGAGACCUACUGAAGCAAAAGAGACGGCGAAAUUAAGUGAUUUCCAAAAAGAAUUAGUACAAAUGGCAGCAGUGCUGAAUGGAGACCAUAAAAGUGACAUGUAUCCACACAAACUUGUGGAGAAGAUGACAGUUGCAGAGGCUGCCAAGUAUGUGAAUGGUGCUUUCAAUAAGUUCUGUGAUGAAUGCCAAAGGGGAGGGAUCCAUGAAUCUGAGAUUGUUGAAUUAGGAAAACAAGUUGAAAGGCCAAAAGGCAGAUCUUUUAUUUACAAGUUUUUUAAAUGUCUUGUCUGCCAUGAUUGAAAUCUUUACAGUUUUAGGGCUUAUGUUUGGAUAAGAUAUUUUUAUAUUUACUCAUUCGUUUUAAUAAAUUUAUAGUAUCCAUCCA